AUGAAGCAACCCCUGGAUGCUUUUUAUGUCAUCUUUCAGGUGCUCCAGAAUGCAGUCCUCAUCAUUCCGGGUGUAGGAAACCUUCUCUUUCGUGGGCCCUUCGCAGAGAUCACUCGCGGAUGGUAUGCCAUCGUUGGUGUCACCAUCCUCAUGAACAUGCUGCUGAACUGCUUCGUGCCGGCCGGCGUGACUGUCGCGAAGAUGAUAGUCAAUGUCUUCAUGAGGUGUUUCUUCAGAAUGGGCGUUGCUCACCAGGCAGAGCUGCUGGAGCUGUACACGCACCCGGAGUUCGACAUCAAGCAAAAGUACGCACAGCUCCUCACGACCGUUUUCGUUACACUGAUGUACGGAGCUGGGCUCCCCCUCCUGUACUUCUUGGCUUGCGCCUUCAUGUUCUGCCAGUACUGGGCAGACAAGUACUGCUUACUUUGGGGCUCCCGAAGGCCUCCGCACUACGAUACCAAGAUGGCCACGGAGGCCAUCGAAAGCAUGCUUUACGCUGUUCCUUUUCAUUGCGUGCUGGCAAUUCUGAUGUACGGCCAGACGUGCGUCUUUCCGUCCAACCCCUUAGGAGGAGACCUGGGGAACCUGGUGGAUGAGGGAUCCGGUUACACGCCGGGCAUGCUCCAGCAGUUCAUCCCGCAGGUCACGCGUGAGCCCGCGCCCCUUGGGGCUCACAGGAUGCGGAAACAGGCAGUUGUGUUCAAAAGGCACUUUGGAUUUCUCAUCGUCUGA